AUGACGACCACUCCCACUGCUCGUGAGCAUCUCCUGGUGGUGAGGAGGCGCAACCCCCACAUGCGCUACACUCUCAGCCCUGAAAACCUGCGCUCCCUCUCAGCCCAGGGCGGUGAUGGCAUUGGCCCUAGGGGUCACGGCGGGGAAAGGUCAGCUGGUGAACGGUCAGGGGUCGGAGGUCAUGGAGAGGGUCAUGGCGGCGGACUACAAAGGGCCAAUAGCGACACGGACCUGGUGACCUCGGAGAGCAGGUCAUCGCUGACUGCGUCGACAUACGAGUUCACGAUGGGGCGAGGCCAAAACCUGGUCAUCAACUGGGACAUCAAGGAGGAAGUGGACGCCACGGACUGGAUCGGACUCUACCACAUCGACGAGACGUGUCCUGCCAACGUGUGGGACUCUAAGAACCGCGGGGUGAACGGCACCCAGAGAGGACAGAUCGUCUGGAGGCUGGAGCCUGGACCUUACUUCAUGGAGCCUGAGACUAAGAUCUGCUUUAAGUACUAUCAUGGAGUGAGUGGAGGCCUGAGAGCAACAACCCCCUGCAUCACCGUCAACAACCCAGGACUUCCUGUUAGAGCCGAGGGUCAAGCUGAGGGCCAAUCAGUGACAGAGAACUGUCGGAAACUCGUCAGCUUCACUUUAUCAGAUAUCCGUGCGUUGGGUCUGAAGAAGGGGAUGUUCUUUAACCCUGACCCCUACCUGAAGAUGUCCAUCCACCCUGGGAAGAGGAGUGGCUUCCCCACCUUCACACACCACGGACAGGAGCGCCGCUCCGCCAUCAUAUCUAACACCACCAACCCUGUCUGGCCCGGGGAGAAGUACACGUUUGUGGCUCUGAUGACAGAUGUCUUGGAGAUCGAGGUGAAGGAUAAGUUUUCUAAAAGCCGACCAAUCAUCAAGCGCUUCCUGGGUCAACUGACCAUCCCAGUGCAGAGGCUGCUAGAGAGACCUAAUGCAGAGGACCAGCCGCUAAGCUAUAACCUGUGUCGUCGUCUGCCCACGGACCAUGUGAGCGGCCAGCUGCAGUUCAGAGUGGACAUGACCUCUGGACAUGACGGGCAUGACCUCUGGACCCCUGGACUCCCUGGACAUGGUUCCUACAUGACCUCCCAAGCUCAUGACCUGGACAUGGUCCACAGGGAUGGACAAGACGAUGACCUCUGGACAUGUGAGGACAUGACCCUGGGGCAAGACAGAUUGGCAAUCCCGGGCGGCCACACCCAUCGACAGGUGUCCCUCAACGACUACUUGGAUGCCAUCGAAGCUCCUAAGGGCCCAGGAGAACGGCCCCUGGGCGCGACGUCACCAAAGCUGAGGUCCAGUUUCCCGACGAACACACGACUCAGCGCCAUGCUGCAUAUAGACUCUGAUGAAGACGAGGAGGCAGGGCCGUCCAGGGACCAUCCACCACAUGACAGGAAGCCCUUGCUGCCACUGGCCAAUGGUGUUCAGGCUGGGGUUGGGAAGGGGGCUGCCUCUUCAGAACAGGGCCUGGGAAACAAGAGAAAGAGGGGACAGAGGCAAACAGGGGAGAGGUUGAGGGAGCACAGGGGACAAAAGCUGGGACAGGGGCUGGAGAUGGGGCUGGAUCUGGGGAUGGGUCUGGAGCUGGAGAUGGGGCUGGAUCUGGGGAUGGAGCUGGGGGGAUGGAAUGGGGAUGGAGCUGGAGAUGGGGCUGGAGCUUUAGAUGGAGCUGGAGGGGAUGGAGCUGGAGGGGAUGGAGCUGGAGAGGAUGGAGCUGUAGAUGGGGCUGGAGCUGGAGAUGGAUCCAUGGCUGGGGUUGGAGUUGCAGUUGAAGCGAGGACUGGAGCUGGAUCCAUGGCUGUGGCUGGAUCUCUAACUGUAGCCAGACCUGGGGUUGGAGCUGAGGCCAGACCUGUAUCGGUGGUUGGUCCUGGGGCUGGAGCUGGGGCUCCUCUAUCUCCAAUACCUGAGACAAAUACUGCAGUGCAGGGGGUGUCAGAGGACACUGUUGCAGCCAGAACUGAGACCAGCCAGCAACCAACGAUCUCAGGGGCCACAGCAGCCCAGGAGCCCCUCAGGAACUCACUGCCUGCUGUUCUGAAGACAUCCACGACUCAGAAGAGACGGAAGGAAGAGGAAAUGGCGCCCAAGGCCGAGGAGGAAGGGGCGGAGUCAUCCAGUGAAGGAGCAAGUGCCAUUGCAGCCCCCCCGACGACCAGUAGCGUUGCCGACCAGGGGGGCGGGGCCUCUGGCUCCGAUGUCACAGGAGCAAGGACCGCCAGCGCAGCAGCCAAUGAGGAAGAAGAGGGUGGGGAGAUCUGGCAGAGGAGGUCCAUGCAGGCGUCUGGAGGCGUGUCUCAGGAGGAGGGGGCGCGGUCUUCUGAGGCAAGCGGUCCAAUCGACUCUUCUCAGAGUGUCUCUGAGGAGGGCAGCGAGGCAGGAGGGGCCACAGGUCAAGUCAACGGUCACCAGUCCGUCCGCUCCCUGCCCUCUGUCCGUCACGACAUGGGUCGCUACCAGAGAGUAGAUGAGCCACUUCCUCCCAACUGGGAGGCCCGUAUAGACAGUCACAGUCGUGUGUUCUAUGUGGACCAUGUGAACCGCACCACCACCUGGCAGAGACCCACCGCGCCUCCAGCACCGCAGCUCCUCCAGAGGUCCAACAGCAUACAGCAGAUGGAACAGCUCAACCGCAGGUAUCAGAGUAUACGCAGGACGAUGACCAAUGAGAGAACAGCAGAGGAGCUGACAGCUCCGCCCGAGGUGCCCACCGACGACACUGACCACCACACUAUCCCAGAGUAUCGUCGUGAUGGUGUGGUGACUCCAGAUAGUUCUCGGUCUCGUCUCAGUCUGCUCCUCCAGUCUCCCAGCGCUAAGUUCCUGACCAGCCCUGACUUCUUCACCUUGCUGCAUUCCAACCCUAGUGCCUACCGCAUGUUUACAGGUAACACCUGCCUGAAACACAUGAUCAGUAAGGUGCGUCGGGACACGCAUCACUAUGAGCGCUACCAGCACAACAGAGACCUGGUGGUUUUCCUCAACAUGUUCUCCAACAAACAGCUGGAGCUGCCCCGUGGCUGGGAGCUAAAGCACGACCACACUGGCAAGCCUUUCUUUGUGGACCACAACUGCCGGGCCACUACGUUCAUCGACCCUCGGCUCCCUCUUCAGAGCAGCACACGUCCCAGCAGCCUCCUGGCCCACCGCCAGCACCUGACCAGACAACGCAGCCACAGCGCUGGUGAAGUCAGCCCACAACACAUGGUGGGUGACCACCCUCGUCAUUCUGGAGGAGGACCCCCUGUAAUGCCCCGCCCAUCCAGCACCUUCACCCCGGUCAGCCGCACCCAGUACCAAGAUGUAGUGCCAGUGGCUUACAACGACAAGAUUGUGGCGUUUCUACGACAACCCAAUAUCUUUGAGAUCCUGCAGGAGAGACAGACAGAGUUUAUCAGGAACCACUGGCUCAGGGAGAAGGUGCAGUUGAUCCGAAAUGAAGGGGCCUCUGGUCUUGCCAGGCUGUCUGGUGAUGCAGACCUGGUCAUCCUCCUCAGCCUGUUUGAGGAGGAAGUGAUGUCAUACGUUCCGCCUCACGCCUUACUGCACCCCAGCUACUGCCAGUCCCCACGAAGCUCCCCCGUGUCCUCGCCACAGAACUCACCUGGAACACAGCGAGCUAAUGCCCGUGCCCCUGCCCCCUACAAGCGAGACUUUGAAGCCAAACUGCGAAACUUCUACCGCAAACUGGAGACCAAGGGCUAUGGCCAGGGUCCAGGGAAGUUAAAGUUGAUCAUCCGUAGAAAUCAUCUCCUGGAGGAUGCCUUCAACCAGGUCAUGUGUUACUCCCGGAAAGACCUGCAGAGGAGCAAGCUCUAUGUCAGCUUCCUGGGAGAGGAGGGGUUGGACUACAGCGGCCCGUCCAGAGAGUUUUUCUUCCUGGUGUCCAGAGAGCUGUUCAACCCGUACUACGGCCUGUUUGAGUACUCUGCCAACGACACCUACACCGUUCAGAUCAGCCCCAUGUCUGCCUUCGUAGACAACCAUCACGAGUGGUGA